CUCAAGAGAGAAUUCAUGUGUUUUUCUCCCAGGGGAAAAACACUUUGACCACUUCCAGCCACUUAUAAAUCACAAGCCCCUGAAUGUGAUCGACAAUGUGGCUGUAUGUGGCUAAUACCUAGAAGUUACGUACACCGUGUAGAGGUUCAUGUACAUAAAUGGAAUUUAUCCUUAUCACAUUCAAAAGACGCGUAGCUAAUUGAAACAUCCAACGCGCUUGUAAUGAUAUACAGGCAGAAUACCAAUAUAAUGCUCUCAAAGUUACGAAAGUGUAUUAGAGUCUGUUUUAUAAGAUAAGAUAGGUAUGCGCGUCACAACUUGAGAUUCCUUCCCAGUUCCGGGUGUGAUACGCCUUGGGCUCGACAUAUCCCAGUCCCGUUUGCCCUUCUUGGGGAAGACGUUAUCGCGACCGCAACCUCUGCAUUGGUAGCGCCGGAGACGGCCGAUCAAGAUCGACCCCGUUGAUUCGCCAGAGAUUGUCUGUCUCGGUUUGCACUAUAUACCUACCUGUAACUUAGCUAAGGUGGGCGAGUGAGUGAGUAGCUAUUUACAAUGACCAUGCUGUCGUGUAGCGAGCGAGAGCCGCUACUCCAACACGAUCAACCAGAGUCAAGCCGUAGUAAAAACCACCCUAUAAUGGCCGGACCAGAAGUUAACCUCGUGCCAAAUGGUGACGGCGGUUCGGUCGGUAAUAUUGGACCUGAUGAAGCGCGCCGUAUCUUGCGGCGCAUCGAUUGGCGCAUCAUGCCGCUCCUCUUUCUCACCUACACCUUCAACUUCAUGGAUAAGACCAUAUUGUCAAGUGCGUCGGUGUUCGGUCUGAGAGAAGACACUCACCUUGAGGGCUCGAAUUAUUCCUGGGUAUCCAGCAUCUUCUACUUUGGCUAUUUUCUCUGGGCGUACCCUACGACCCUGUUGGUAGCUCGCCUGCCGAUAGGUAAAUAUCUUUCCGCCGACACCUUCGUAUGGGGCGCGGUGGUCGCCUUGACUGCCGCGUGUUCUAAUUAUGGCGGCCUGAUUACUGUGAGGUUCUUCCUCGGUAUCGCAGAGGCGACUAUUUCGCCCGCUUUGAUGUUCAUAACGUCCACAUGGUACACUCGAGACGAAAUUCCCGUUCGGACAGGUAUCUGGUUCGCAGGUAACUCCGUAGGCGGCAUCGUGUCGUCACUCCUCGCCUACGGGAUUGGCCAUGUUUCUGAUAAUAUCCACCCGUGGCGUUGGAUGUUUAUCAUCUUGGGCGUCGCCACUUUUCUCCUCGGAUUUGGGCUUCUCUUACUAUUGCCCGAUACUAUUUCGGGCGCCGAAUUUCUAUCUCCAGAAGAGCGUCAAUGGGCUGGCGACCGAGUUGUAAUCGCCGGUACAGGUCGCACAGAAAACGCGACCUGGAAAUGGGAACAGGUGACGGAAUGUCUGCAAGAUCCUAAGACGUGGCUUAUAUGGUCAGUUGCACUACUCUGCCAAAUUCCCAAUGGCGGUACUCAGAAUUUCGCAAACUUGGUUAUCAAGUCAUUUGGGUUUUCGUCACUCGAGUCGACACUCAUUAAUAUUCCAUACUCUAUCAUUUCCGUAGCAGCCAUCUCCGGAACUGGGUGGGUAGCCGGACGCUUCCGCUCGAUGAACUGCAUUCUUGUCGGCCUUGUCGUAGUACCACCAGUAGUCGGAUCUGCCUUGAUCGGGAGCCGAAGCUCUAUUCCUCAUGGUGUCUCCCUAUUUGGGUAUUUUCUUCUAUCUACCGGCCCAUCUGCGUUACCUCUUCUUUUGUCUCUUGUGCAAUCCAAUUAUCGAGGUGUCACCAAGAAAAUGACUAUGACCGCAAUGCUAUUUAUUGCUUAUUGCACCGGCAAUAUUGUCGGUCCCCAAUUAUUCAAAUCAGAUGAAGAGCCAACGUAUGAUACGGCCUUUCGUGCAAUCAUGGUCUGCUAUGCCUUGGUAAUAUUCCUCAUUGCGACACUCAGGGUUUAUUUACAACUAGUCAAUAAAUGGAGACAACGGGAAGAAGGCAUUCAAGGAAGUGCUGGAGCUUCCGGUGCUGUCGGCGGGGGUAAAGUAUUCGACAUUACAGAUACACGUAAUGUAACCGAAGCAGUUCAUGAGGUCCGAUUGAGACCGGAAGACUAUGAAGAUACUACAGACUGGAAGAGUUUUGGGUUCCGCUACAGACUCUAGAAGAAGCUUUACGUUAGGUUGGGUACCUCUAUGCAUCUAUCAGAAACCUAUCCUGAGUCUGGGGUUUCCUCGCGAUAGAAUUCAUGGUCCAUAAGGCAACUUCAACAUGCACCUCGCCUCUCAACUUCCUCCGAUCAUCUCAUUCGUUCCUGGCCUAUUUAGAUCUAAGUUUUAGCAGGCAAAGU